AUGGACGCAGACAGACGGCUCGCCAAAGCUCUCGAGGCCGCCAACGACGCUCUCCAACAUCUUUCAAUAACCGCGGACUUCGGAAGUCUAGACUGCACACAUAUCGACCGACUCCUUGGGCGGGUAGUCGACCUACCAACCGAGGGAAAUCAAAGGAACAGCAGGCGGAAUUUGCUUGUCAUCCGACAGUGGAUGAUUAGUGAAGGCCCCGGCGUUGUGCUUCUCGAAGUCCUGGGUCAGUUAUAUUGGCGGCUGGGCGAGCUCAAUAGCAACCAGUUCGAAAAGUUCAAAGCAGCACUUCAGCAACGACAGCCAUACGUUACUUUGGUGAAAGACGCGAACGCAGUAGCGCUGGUGAUUCAGCGCAUUCGAUACAUUCAGAGAUCAAAGGCGGACGCUUGUCAAGACUUUCUGUCCGAGUUGUCGGAUCUUAUCGGCGCUAAAGUCGAUUCACCAAUGCUAACUGUAGAAGCUUUACAGAUAUGCUCACGUAGUCCGACGCGAUCUGUCCGUUCUCGUGACAGCAUAUCUUCACAGGAGACAGGACCCGCAAGUCUCAUCAAGUAUUUCCCACUUAGCACGGUCCCCGCUGCCGCAGAUAUGGAAAACUUCCUCAUCGACUUCUAUGUCAGGGGCAUCUGCCCGGGUCGCACCGUUGCAUCGCAGACGAAUGUGUACACGUCGUUAUUACAGGUUGCGGAUACUUGCUUAAGCACACGCUACGCUAUCCUCAGUCUCUCAGCAUCAUACCUCUGCGAACAGAUGCCGAAAGACAAGGAUACCUAUCACCAAGCGGAACUGUAUUACUCGACGCAAGCACUUCAAGCUCUAGCAUCACAAAUCAGCGAUGGUCAUCACUAUAACGGUGCCCUGGCUACUAGCAUGCUACUGAUGCACCACGGCCUGAUCAAUCAAGACGACUCCCUAAUGUGCUGGUCAUGUCACGCUAAUGUGCUCGAUGCGAUUCCCCCGGAAGCAAUCACCCACAACUCUGACACCGUCAUGUUCUUGCACGCUCAGCUCAUCUUGGCACGUACCGCACGAACUUCUCACCAGUUAAGCAACACUCGGCAGCAUGCGUUCGAGACCACAAACUGGUUGGAUAGUAUAUCGCCAAGCGAAUCUUCCAGGACUUCGACUACUCUGGGAGUCUCACCUCAGUUGCUCUUCCUCAUUUCAUCCAUAACAUCACUUCCGACGGGCCCAUACAGACUAAACAAACUCAUGUACGCCCAAGCACAAGAGAAACAGCUUCAAGAUCUAAAGCAGUGGAGUUCAGAGCCAGAUGGGCCAGAGAAAGAAAUCCUGCUCGCCACAGCAGAAGCCUUUCGCCUCGCCGCGCUCAUCUACCUGCGCUGUCGCGUCUACGGGUUCACAAGAUUUCACUCCUCCAUCCUCGAGCUCUCCGACGCACUCCAUACUCUCCUCCUUUCGCUACCAGUGAAAGGUCCACUAUACACCGCCAUCUACCCCGUCUGGCCCUUCUUUAUCGCUGCAGUCACUGCGAACUCAGACAAGCGCGACCGCCUAUACCAGCGCGUCGUACCAAUACGAGAAGGCGACAAGAACACGCUCCCACCCGUGCUCAGGCGUAUCAGCGGUAUGCGUACCUGGCUUGCAAAUCAGGACGCGGCAUGCCAGCGCGACGACGGAUGGUGGGACGAAAUGCUUAGUCCCAAGUCUAGCACCGUCGCAUUGAGCCCGCAUCUGUUGUGCUUGGGUUGA